CUGAUAUGCACAACCUAUAAAAUCUAAUGCACUGGUUCCUGUUUCAGAGCAAUGGAGAGAACUCCACACUGCUGCAGUUUUGUUUCACUGGUUGCUUUGGUCUUCCUCAUCUUAUUUCCUGUGAGGUCUUGGAGUAAAGAGGAAACCUACAAGUCACUGACAGAGGUUAAACCAGAGUGCUGUGUUGGUGAACACGCAGAGUCGAAGAGAUUUGAUGACUUCGAUGACGACACCUUUGUGGGUCUAAUGGGAAGGAGAAGUGCAGCUCAACCAAACAGUCACAGAUUCUCCCCAAUGUCAAGAAAAAGACACAUGGACCACAUCCUAGCUGAUCUGCUGGGGAGGAGAAGAACGGCUUGCCCGUGUACAAAGGAGUAUUUUCAGCAAAGGAGAGGCUGAUUCAUCAAUCAUCAGGCAGAGGUUCUAAUGGUUUCUGUAAUGGAGAUGUCACACCGCCCCCCCCCUCACAACACAGACUGCAACUCCUUCAGUCCGUCAAGUGAGGGCAUGUAUUAAAGCUGUUUAACCACAGCCAUAUUAACCAUGCAUGAAUGCUUUUC